CUAUUCAGACCUUAGGUGCGGCUCCAUCACAGAAGACCCGAGCAUCCAUCAGUGCUUGGAGCAGGGUGGGGAGGAGUCCUCCAGCCCCUCACUUUCUCCAUUCCUCAAAAACAAAUAUCCCACAAAGAACCCAACUGACCGGAGAGGGUCUUCCAGCCCUUCGUCCCUUACACUCAAGAAGCUCUUUCACCAUACAACAAAACCCAGCUGAGGUUGCUCCGACCUUAGGCACUGGGCCACGAAGAGGCCCGCAGUCAGUCCUCAAGCUCCACGGACAGAUGGUGAUAAGUGCGGCGAGGACACGUCCCAUCAACUCCCCAGGCCCCCCUCUCCUCAAUAAAACAAAAGCAAGUCCUAUAGCACUCACCUCAGGUGGCGCACAGGAGGGCGCUCGGCGCGGGGCAGCGCACGCGGCGCCUCCCAGCUCCUUGCGACCGGGGCUUCCCAGAGGCAGCAGCUCUCGCGUCGGCGAUGGUUGCAGCGGUCGCCGUUCUGGCAUCCGGAGCCUCCCUCGGACUCAGCACCUGGAGCGGCGAACAGCUCCGCGCCUCAUUCCGCUGACCCCGCCUCCCUCGAGCUGCUCUAGCCAAUGGAAACGCAGGAUCCGCCCAGGAGGUUGCCCAUUGGGAGGUCCCGGUCCCUCCGUUGGGACCUCGUCCCCAGAGGCCGCCCGAGUGUUUGCUCUGCCUGCUGGAACAUGUAGUCUCUUAGGGAUGUGGUGGAGUGGGCUCGUGCCGCGGGCUGCAGAUCCAAAGAGUACAGAUUGCCAAUGCCUCGGAACCUCCCAAUUAUCCGUGGGGCAGAGGCCUGGGCCUCCUGAAGGAAAGAUGAAACCAACCUUUCUACUCUGCCAAGGACAGAGCUCCUCUGUGUAUUUUUCUGUAUGGGGAGGAAGUGGACACAUCCUACCCAAUCCCUAUGCCCCAAAGUACUGGCCAAGCCCCAUCAGUGACCCAUAGGACUAUCCUUCCCAGGAGAGCAGCUCUCCCUGAGGCCUGGAAUUUCUGCUCUUUCUGGCCCUUCACACUCUCCCUUCUUUUGAGUCCUUUACACUCCACCCCAUGUGGACCCACAGUAUCUCCCAGGCCUGUCAGACUCACAUGCGGAUCCUACCCUCAAAGACGCCUCAAACUACCGGGUCAGCCAGCAACCAAUUGUGUGCCUAGUCUGUGGAGCACAGAGAAAGGAACCAUGUACAAUGUGAUCUGCCAAAGUCAAGAAAGCUUCCCUGGAGAGGACACAACUGAGCGGAGCCUUGACAAAGGAACAGGACUCCUCUGACUGCUAAAGCCAAUUUGGCCAAUCCAGGCAGAGGUAAUGUACAGAUUUUCAGGAGAGCAAGAGCCUUGAAGAUCAUGUUGAACAGUGAUGAUAUCUUGAAUAAACACAGCCUCUUCUUCCUUCUCUUCUUCAAUACUAUCUAUAUAUAACACAUACAAAUAUGUGCAAUACAGAAGAUGUAUGUUUGGAUGGUUUCCACCUAUAUACAUAUGUGUGAAGCCAACACCAAGACAAUGACAACCACGUCCACUCCUCCUGCCCCUUUGUAAACUCUCCCUUCCACCCACUGUUCCCGCAGUCACUCAUCCGCAACGCUCUGUCACUAUAUAGAUGGGUUUAUAUUA